AUGGAAUCAAUAUCUGUACAGCCGAUUAAUCUCAGUGAUAAUCUUGAUGAAGGCGAUGAUGCUAAUUUACGAUACAGUCGUGCAGUUCAUAUCGAACCGUUUCAUCGCCAACGACGUAUCGAUGGAACAUUACCGUUCAGUGAGCAGAUCGCAACGAUGCAACAUGUCAUUCUUACAAAUGGAGCUGAUGGUCAUUACACAUACAACGAUAGCCUAUCAGAUACAGAGAUGAAAGGUGGAAUUUGGAAAGAAGUCAUUCAUAAUGGAAUUGGUCAAAAGCCAGCGACGGGCGCUUGCGUACGAUUGCACUAUUAUGCUUAUUUCGAACAUCGAGAUGAGCCAUUUGAUACCUCGUUCAAACGUCGUCGCCCAUUGGAAUUUCGUAUUGGUAAAUAUGAUGUUUUACCCGGAAUUGAUCUUGCUGUUAGUACGAUGCAAAGACGUGAACGAGCAAAAUUUAUCAUCAGCAGUGACUUAUUGUAUGGUGAACUUGGCUGCGCUCCACAUAUACCCGAAUCAGCUUGGUGUCUCUACGUAUUUGAAUUGUUAACAACCAAUGAACCAUCAACUGUGUUUAAUGAUGACCAAUUGGUAAUCAAAAGUCCAACGAGUCGACAUCAAAUUGACGAUUUUGCUAAACGAAUACGAUUAGCACAGUCACUGCGCAACACUGGCAAUGAAGAAUAUGCUAACGGUCAACUGGAUCGUGCUCUACGAAGUUACAACAAAGCUCGACAACUAAUACACAAUAAAGUCACAUUGAUCGACGGUAAACACGAAGAACAAUAUCAUCAAUUGUUGCUAAAACUUCACUUAAAUUCCGCACAAUGUUAUCUUCGUUUGGACAAUUAUGAAAAAUGUUUUCGUGCCUGUCGUGAUGCACUUGUGAUCGAGCCGAAUAACUUGAAAGCGUUAUUUCGUGCAAGUGUCUCACUUCGAUCAUUGAAUCGAUUGGAUGACGCAGAAAAAUACCUUGCAAAAGCUGUUGCACUCGAUCCAGAAAAUCGAGAUGUGUUGAAUGAAGUCACUAAAUUAAACGAUGCUUUAGAUUUGUUAAAACAGAAGAAAUCGGAUCAGACAUUUACAUUGCACGACCCCAAUCCUAUCGAUUAUGAAGAAAUGCUUUCGUGUAUUGCGGUCUCGGAUGAAUUUCGAUCAAAUGUUGAUUCUCUCGUCAAUGAAUUCAUUCAGUCGAAUGAUACCUCGCAACCGUUUCUCAUUCAACGCGGGAACUUUUCUGAAACUGAACAUUACUACAUUGAAAUAUUUUUCUGUGACAAACAUUCAAUUAUGGAUUCACCUAAUAAUCCUGUGGGGUAUCGCAGUAACAACGGCACAUUCGAGCACAAUUUUGUAGAUUUCAAAGCCUACGAAAUUCUAUCCGCGACAAACAACAACAAUAAUCAGAAUUGGGGUACAGGGAAUAACACCGGUUCAGAGAGCAACGGCUAUCAGAAUAGUAAAUCAUACGGAGGGUGA